UACUUGUGGCUUUUAUACGGAGAGGAGGGCGGAAGCAGCGUCCUGCCUCAUCCAACCAAAAAGAAAAGGCCAUGCCAUGGCUGCUGCUGCCCUCACAAAUCAGACCUCCCUUUCGUCUCCUCUCUUGUUUAACAAUCCUCACCCUAAUCCAAACUACUCGAAAUCUCAUCUUUCCAUUCUCUCUAAACCCUCAAGACCAUCAUUUUCUCUCUUAGCAACUUCUCACUCUUCACCUGCCAUUUUCCUUCCUUUUCUUGAACAUGAAAAACAAGAAGUUGAACACCUAAGCACAACACAAACACAACAAGAUGGUGAUGGUGAUGAUGCUAAUGAAGAGGACAAAGAUGGUGUUGAAGAGGAGGAGGAGGAGGAGGAGGAGGAGGACUCUGUUGACCCAAUUUUAAGAUUCUUCAAGUCCCAGACUUCAACAACACAAGACCCUCCUCGACAGGGCAAAUUUUCUCUCAAGAAAAACAGACGCUCCUCAUGGCGCCUAGCUCCUCAGUUUGAUUCAGACACUCUAAAUGAAGAAAGCCCACAAAUAGUAACUUCAAAUUCUGUCUCCAGGCUACCUGAUAGAGUUGUAGGAGAAAUAUUGAAACUUGCAAGGGAGUUACCAAAGAAUAUGACUCUGGGAGAGAUAUUGGGUGGUUAUGAAGGGAGGGUUAGUGCAAAAGAGAGUGUGGAAAUAUUGGGGUUGAUGGGAGAGGAGGGUUUAUUAAUGGGAUGUUUGUAUUUUUAUGAGUGGAUGGGGUUGCAAGAACCGUCUUUAGUUACUGCUCGUGCUUGUACUAUUUUGUUUCCGAUAUUGGGUAGAGCUGGAAUGGGUGAUAAGUUGGUGAUUUUUUUAAGGAAUUUGCCUCAACAGAAGGAGUUUCUAGAUGUUCAUGUUUAUAAUUCCGCUAUAUCUGGUCUUCUCUGCUGUGGAAGGUAUAAUGAUGCUUACGAGGUGUAUGAGGCAAUGGAAGCAUAUAAUGUUUCUCCAGAUCACGUGACAUGCUGUAUAAUGAUUACAGUCAUGAGGAAAAAGGGCUGUACUGCAAAAGAGGCAUGGGAAUUCUUUGAGAGAAUGACCAGGAAAGGAGUCAAAUGGAGUCCAGAAGUUCUGGGUGCUCUAAUAAAAUCGUUCUGUGAUGAGGGACUGAAGAAGGAAGCCCUUAUUAUCCAGACAGAAAUGGAGAGAAGAGGUAUUUCUUCAAAUGCUAUCAUCUACAACACAUUGAUGGACUCCUACAGCAAAUCCAACCAAAUUGAAGAAGCUGAAGGUCUUUAUUCUGAGAUGCAGGCAAAAGGCCUGAAGCCCACAUCUGCUACCUUUAACAUUCUUAUGGAUGCAUACAGCAGAAGAAUGCAGCCUGAUAUAAUUGAGAAACUGCUGCUGGAAAUGCAGGAUGCAGGACUAGCACCUAAUGCUAAAUCCUAUACAUGUCUGAUUAGUGCGUAUGGAAGGCAGAAGAAAAUGAGUGACAUGGCUGCAGAUGCGUUCUUGAGGAUGAAGAAAGCUGGGAUAAAACCUACUUCAUAUUCAUAUACUGCUCUUAUCCAUGCUUAUUCAGUUAGUGGCUGGCAUGAAAAAGCUUAUAUAACGUUUGAGAAUAUGCAAAGAGAAGGAAUCAAACCAUCAAUUGAAACUUACACAACCCUUCUUGAUGCAUUCAGGCGUGCUGGUGAUACAAAAACAUUAAUGGACAUUUGGAAAUUGAUGAUGAGGGAAAAAGUUGAAGGGACACGGGUGACAUUCAACAUUCUUCUUGAUGGGUUUGCCAAACAAGGUCACUACAUGGAAGCUAGGGAUGUGAUAAAUGAAUUCAAGAAGUUUGGCUUGCAUCCAACAGUGAUGACAUAUAACAUGCUGAUGAACGCAUAUGCACGGGGAGGUCAAGACUCAAAGUUGCCUCAGCUAUUGAAAGAAAUGGCCACUCUCAAACUAGAACCUGAUUCCAUUACUUAUACGACCAUGAUCUAUGCAUAUGUCCGAGUUCGUGAUUUUAGGAGGGCAUUCUUUUAUCACAAGAUGAUGGUGAAAAGUGGUAAGGUGCCAGAUGCCAAGUCCUACCAAAAGCUUAGGGCAAUAUUGGAUGUAAAAGCUGCAAUAAAGAACAGGAGGGACAAGAGUGCUAUACUUGGUAUAAUUAAUAGCCAAAUGGGUAUGUUGAAAGUUAAGAAGAAAAGGAAGAAAGAUGAGUUCUGGAAGAACAAGAAAAGGCAUGUGAGGGCUCCUAAUGUUUCCCAUGAUAAAUAAUAGCAAUUCAUGGGGGCUUUGUAGUGAGUUCUGGAAGAACAAGAAAAGGCAUGUGAGGGCUCCUAAUGUUUCCCAUGAUAAAUAAUGGCAAUUCAUGGGGGCUUUGUAACAUAAGUAAAGCUAAGUUGACCGACGUUGGCCUUUUUGUAGAGAUGAUAUAUCUUCUAUUUGUCGUAAUUACAGGCUUUCCUCCAAAAAAGUUGGGAUUUUGAAUAUUUUUUGUGAUGUUUUUGUUGGAUCAA